AAAGGUGAAAAGUGAAAGUCUCAAUUAAAGUGCGCAUUAUUGCCAACAAUCUUGAGAACAUCAGUUUGAACAGUAUUGCAAGUGAAUAUGGCGCUGAGUAAUGCAUUUUUCCGCAACUGGUGGAACACAUCGCUUCGUGCAUCCAGAAUGUUGGAUCACCACUUUGGCCCAACUACCGAUUUGAUGAACUCCAUGCGGCUUGCCGCUGCCACACAAUCCGCUCUGCUGGACGAACUGGCUGCUCCAUUCACAAAACCGUGGUUCAACCACCUGGCGGAUUCAGAAUCCCUGGUAAAAAUCGCCAACAAUAAAUACCAAAUCAACCUGGACGUUCAGAACUUUGCACCGGAGGAAAUAUCCGUCAAAGCCACUGACGAUAGCAUUAUAGUCGAAGGAAAGCACGAAGAGCGCCAAGACGAGCAAGGAUUCAUUUCUCGCCACUUUGUACGUCGUUUUAUGUUGCCGGCUGGGCAUGAUCGAAAUGGAAUUGUUUCGACACUAUCAUCCGAUGGAGUUUUGACUAUUUUAGCCCCGAUCAAAGAGGCUCAGAAGGACGAAAAUGUGAAGACGAUCCCGAUCGUUCAAACCGUAGAACCACAGCAGGAGAAAAUUGCGGAGAAAUCUGAGAAAACAGCAGAAAAACCGGCUGGAAAGUGAGCUGCAAACUGAGUUUUAAAACCGAAUGAUUUACCAAUGCAUACCUCAUGCUAUUGUAAUUAAGGCUG